ACGAUGGUGAGAUCAGUUUGUACUCGAGGUGGAGGCAAUCCACGAGGAUAUCGUGUGCCUCAGUCAAACUCAGUUAUUCAAGAUAUUUAGUGCAUGUGUGGCUAAUUUUUUAUUUUAUUUUAGUGUAAUUAAUAACUACAUACUUCAAUUAACUAAUUUUUCUUUAUACUUCUAUUAUUUGCAAAAAAAAAAUUUAUUACCAAUUAAAUACAAAAAUCUGUGGUAAUUUUUUUUUUAAUUAAAGAAAAAAAAAAAAAAGAGCUCAUGGGAACGUUGGAUUUAAAAUAAAAAUGCACAUGAGUGCAUAUGAGUGACUAAAGUUAUUGUUAUGAGUUAUGAGAUUCGGGUAAAAUUUAAAAAUAAUUAAAACAAAAAUUAAUUUAUUAAUUAAUGUACCAAAGAACAUCCUUAGGAUUUCAACGAAUAAUAAAUCAUGCCGUGGACUAUUUUCAAAAAAUUACUAUUAUUUAGUAUAAUAGCCAUACUUGCGAUAAGUAACAACUACACAAGUGCUGCGACAAACCAUCGCAAGCGUUACAUCCAACGAAAUAAUAGUAAUAAUAAUAAUAUUAAUAAUAAUAAUAAUAAUAAUAAUAAUAGUAAUAAUUUAUCAUCAAUCGAGCCGAUAAAUAAAGAUUAUAAUGUCAAUAAAACUAAUAUUAAUGUAAAUAUAAACAGUAGUGAGAGUUCAAGUAUAAAAGAUGCUCCGAAAAAUAUCCAGGAAAUGUUGAGAGACGACAAAGAAAUAGAUGAUAAAGAUACAGCCAAGUGGGACAGUUUGCUAUCAUCAUCAACGGGUAACGGUAAAGAAAAAAAAGUAAACCGUGAUGAGGAUGAUGACAAAAAAACUUUAGCGCAGCAAGUAAAAGAAGGCAAGUACGGAUUAAUACAGAAUGAAUUGCCGUCGAAGAAAUUAAGAAGACCUGGAAUAAUAAGUUACUCAUCAAAUCCUGAUAUUCCGCGCGAUAAUUCAAAAAACUUCGGCGGACUAGAUAACGAAGAAAUUUGGUUGGCUGAAAAUCAUUUGCUUGUUAUAAAAGGCGGUGAUUUUGGUGAUGACAGUGACGCGGGGCUUAAAAAUACUGAUUUACAUAAUUGGUCACCAAUUGAUGACUAUCAAGCACCUAAAAGACAAGUUCGUAUUCCAUCAAAUCCUAAAAUACCCCCGCCAUUUCCCAUUCAAUUGACUGACGGCGGUCCAAUUAAAAUAAUCGGCCGUAAUUCAACGGGUGACAGCUCUGAUGACAACGAAUCAUCUGCUCAGUGGAUUAUUCCCGAUGGUCUUGUUCCUUUUAAUGGUACAUAUUUUAUUCAAAAUGAAAGUACUAAUGACACUAAUACAAAUGAUGAUGAUGAUGGACGUAAAACAACAACUAAAUCAAGCCCAACAUUCGCUGGUAUUAUUGGCCCGUUUUUUCCCGCGUUACCACCCGGCGCGAUUUUUGUACCACCGCCUACGUCAUUCAACCAAACUGAUUAUGAUGAAGAUGACCAAUCAAUUUAUUAUCCUCCUGUUUAUAGUUUCAAGUAUCAACAAGACAAUUCGACAGUUGUCCCACCGGGUCCAUUAGUCCCCGGAAUUAUUUUGCCUCCGCCACCAGAUUUUUUUGCUCCUCUUGAUGAUAAUAAUAAUAUUACCGAAACGAAUAAAAUAGAUAAAAAUAAGUGUUCAAAGUGUAAGGAAUCUACGACAGUAAGACCGGGAAAAAUAAAUAAUUUAAAUUCUACAACAGAAACCCAAAGCAAGCAAAUAAAAUUAAAACAAAAAAUAGUAACCGAGUCACCGGUUAAUAAAAAUAAAUUAGAUAAUUAUGUGUCAAUAAAAGUGACAACACCGUCAGCAGUGACGUAUAAGAGUAAAAUAAAUAUAAGCAGGACAACUGAAAAAUCUAAAGUAUCACCGUCUAUUUUAAUGAAGAAAAAAAUCCGUCCUAUAGUUGCCUACUAUUCAACCACGCCCUAUUAUAAUAAAAAAUCAAGUGAAACAACAUCACGGUCUCAUAAUAAACCGCGUGAAACAACACCCACACAAAUUACAUCAACUGAAAAAUUAAACGGUAAUUUAAAAGCCUCGUAUUAUUUUUACGAAGAUAAUGAAGUAACAACACCUUUGCCUAUUAAUUAUCAAGACAAUGAAGCGCGGUUGUCUUAUUAUAAAUUAGUUGUUGAAGAACUACCUCCUAAAUCAAUUUAUCGUAAAUUACCACCGACUACACCUUUACCACUUUCUUCAUACAGAGUUUCAACGGCAACGCCCGGAAAUUAUUAUCAAGUUGAAAUAACUCCCUCGCAACAAACGCUACAGGAUUAUCAGACAAUUGAACCCUCUGUACAAUCAUUUAAACAACAGAUACAAUUACAACAACAACAAAAACAAUUACAACAAGAACAACAAAAACAACAGCAACAACAAUAUCAGCAGCAACAGCAGCAACAAAAUCAACAGAAUAAAAUUAUAAAUACAAGAUUACAGGGGCAAAGAAUUUUAAAAAGUCAAUUAGAAACAGAUUCUUUUUAUAAUAAAAAAUCAUCAUCAUCACCAACUUCUAUUUAUAAUUUUAAGCCUUUGAUUACGUCUACAACAUCUAGACCACGUGAAUAUUUAACAUCUACAACAAUUAAAUAUAAUAAUAAUAAUAAUAAUAAUAAUAAUAAUAAUAAUAAUAAUAAUAAUAAAAUUAGACCGAAGCCUAUUUAUCAAUAUAGUUUUGAAGCUGUUAAUUAUCCUCAUGAUCCAGUUAUUAUUUAUCCAAAUAAUAAUAAUAAUAAUAAUAAUAAUAAUAAUAAUAAUAAUAAUAAUAAUAAUAAUAAUAAUAAUGAAAAAUCAUUUUACAAUAAAUGGCAAGAAGAUAAAGAACAAUCAGAUUCAAAUAAUGAAGAAAAACCAUUUUACGAUAAAUGGAAAAUUCAAAAAGAAGAAACAGACAAUGAAGACAAUAAAUCUUAUUACAAUAAAUGGCAAUUACAAGACACAACAGAUUAUUUAACGGGUUACAACAGUAAUAGUAAUAAUAAUGACAGAUUAAAAAAUAACAAUAAUGAUAAAGAUAAACUAUAUAAUUAUAUUUCAACAACUCAAGCACCUCCGUCACUACUAAGACACGAAGAAACAACAUCAGACCCCAAAAGUAUUUACUACACAAAACAUGAGGACCAGUAUCUAGAUGAUGUAACUAAGGAAUAUUUUACGAAUUUCGGUAGGAAAAUAAAGUAUCGACUGCCGAGUACGACUCCAAUUUACAGCAGCCUGAGUACAGUCGCCUACGAGAGCGUUACCGCACGUCCGCGGUAUCAAUUGAAGGAAGAAGAUAAAAAUUAUUAUGAAAAACAGGAGAUAAAAGAAAGUAAUGAGUACUAUGAUAAUAUUUACUCAUUGAAAAAUGAUAUCAAUGUUAAUUACCAACGUCCAUUGCCGACGAUUAAUCCAGACGCUGAAUUUAUUGAUGACUAUGACGGGUCAUUGCCGGCGCCGACAAUUAGGACGGUGGUUAAUAAAAAUCAAGGGAGAAAAUCGGCUAAACAGUAUCACUAUCAGUCAAACCAUCCAAGUUUGCUGCCUAUUAAUUACAAUAGUGAUAACGACAACAAUAAUUAUCAUCAACGAGUGCCGAAUAGUUUUAUUUCAUUGUCUGGCAGUCAUCAGCAAUAUUACCAGCAAAGCAGAAUUAAAAAUCAGCAAAAACCGAUUUCACUGGCUGGUGAUAUCGACGUUAAUUACAAUAAUCCUCCCCCCAUAAAUCCUGAUGCUGAGUUUAUAAACAUAAAUCAUCACCCGCAUUCACAUGCUAAUUCAAAUUUGAAUUUAAAUUUAAAUUCAAAUCAAAGACAAAAUGGGGAAUUAAGAGACGAACCGAGAUCUUAUUUUACCUACAGAUUACCUGGUGAUGAUGGACACGUGUAUUUUUUUACUCCUCACGUUAUUAAUAGACAGCGUCAAGAAAAUUACGGAGGGACUAGAUUAAGGGGAUUUAGAUCCGCGGAACAGAAACGUAAUUAAAUAUUUUAAGUAUAAAUUUUUUAAAACUUUUUUUGUGUUAAGAAUUUUAAAUUUUAGUCAAAUGCCAUAACUGAUUUUAAAAUAAAUAAUUAAUCGCUAAUUUGUAAAUAAAUUCAAAUUAUUCAAGUAUAUUUUUUUUAGAUAGUAAGUCAUAUAUAUGAAAAAUAUGUAAUUUAUAAUUGUGUAAUUGUAUGCUUGCGUAUAUGUACUGUCUGUGAUUAAUUUUAAAUAAAUGUAUAUAUAUAACAUACACUGACAAUGUUAAGGUUU